AUGCGAUUUCAGGACAGUCUUUCACCAGUUGGCGUGUGCUGUGCCACUGAGAUGCAUCUUGGCUGGCACCACUUUCGGCAUCUCAUGCUUCGUAAUUUCCCCUGCCCAGCGCAUCUUCGACGCGACGUCGGGCAACCUUAUAUGAUAAUGGGCUACGCUGGUGCUUUCACGGCAAUCGCGCUAUGCCAUGGUGUUCUCGGGCAAGUCUGUGAUUUUCCGGGUCAAGGGCUUUUGAUCAAGCAGCCUGCCGAUGCCAACGCUUUACGAAGCUGCCGUGAAGUGAACGGCAACCUGGUCAUUUUCCCAGUGCACACUGCCGAUAUCGAUCUCAGUGGCCCAGAGGUCAUUCACGGCAGUAUCUUUGGGGACGAGGACAUGUCAUCCUCGGACAGCAGUGUCAAUAUUGCCUCCACCACCUUGACAAGGGUCGACGGCCACGUGACCAUGAUUGGCUCAAUGUACCGAUCGACCAUUCAAAACCUCAGCUUUCCAAAUCUUCAUACCGUUGGUGGUUCGUUCGCUCUUGAGCGCACAUACGGCCUUACCUACCUCGACGUCACAAAUCUUCACACAGUUGGAUCGAUCCAUAUAAUAGCACCGGGGCUUUCUACUUUGAAGCAUACAGCGCUGAGACGCGUUGGUCCUAGCUACGAUGCUCAGAAGAUUGCUCGGACAUUUGGACCUCAGAACGGCAUCCUGAUCGGCACCACAAGCCUAGAGUCGGUCGACAGCAUCUUUAACAAUAACAUCAAAGUCGAAUCCGCCUCCUUGUUCGCGUCUGGAAGGAUAAAGCGAGUUGUUGUGGGGUUCAACGAGUCGGCCAAGCUUUUAAUACAUGGAGCCGAGGACGCCGACGCCGGGCAACUCGAAGUUGUUCUCGGCGGCGAAUCUACGACUUCGAUACACAUUGGUGAGAUGGAGAUGCAGUAUGGUAUAUCGGGCUUUCGACGCAGCCCCAAUUUGCAAAACUUGACUGUCGACAAGUAUUAUUCAGCCUUGACCAACAUGUCACAUUUGCACCUACCCUUUGACCAACUCGGCUGGCUUUACCUAGAAGCGGAGAAAUACAUGACAUGGGUCUCUAAUCCACCGCAAGCAGCCCAAUGGUCCAACUUUAGCCUCACCAUUAGCCGGACCGAAGUCAACUUCACGUCAGAGUACAUGCCUGACGAGAAGGGCGGGUGGGUCAGAUCAUGGUACUGGCCACAGAAAGAUAUCUUCUCGGUCGAUAUCAGUAGUGGCAACUUGACGACCGCGUUUUUGUACGUUUCUCCCCACAACGCCAUGCGAUACCUAUUAUUCCCUGACACCUCUCCCAGCGAAUCGUUCUUUGAGUACCAAAACGCCACUGUCAACACGACGAGCCAACCCAAGGUCCUGCAUGAAUUCAGGCUCACUCCAGACAACGUAGCUACGCUUGACUGUGAACCUUUCAGAAAUCUGGUUGAACAAGGAAUCAUCGGCAGCUUUGAGUGCUACUCGCGGCUAAAGGAUAGCUCUGCCUACUCGUGGCGAGAAACCUCAGUGCUCAGUAGUACUUGGUCAGCUGUCGCCAUCGCCGCAAUUGUGUACUUUACAGCUUUGUAG